UGCCUCUCACGGCGCGUCUCCCGUCACCCGGAGCGACAGCUCGGCGCUACUCGCGCCGUCCUUCGACUACAAUGUGUACACACAUGAAGAGCAGCCUUCCUUCUCUCCUGGAUGCAUAUCUCCCACCACAGCUCAAGAAGCAGGAUAACAAAGGUCAACAGAAGCAUCCACAAAGAGACAGAGAGUUAGGCAGACAGAGAAGACUCUCCUCAUCAGAUGAGGAUGAAGAAGACCUGAAGGUGAAAGCUAAAAGGAAAGCUCUUGAGGAGCAGCACUAUCUGGAGAUGUACAAGAACAUGUACAGGCUGUGUAAGGCCUUGCGGUUACACUACAUGGAUUUACUGAGCAAGAGAGUCCAGAAGCAGCGCCAGGAAAUCAAAGAGCGUGAUCUUCGAUUCCAGGAGAAAACUCUUAAGCAGAAGGUGGAACAUAAUGGUACAAGGCAAUUGUUUGGUCUCCACUCAGAAUGUUCACAGCUUCAUCAUGAUAUCAAAUAUCUCAAGUCUGUUCCGAAGUCUCAUUAUUACAUGAUUCUGCAACUCCAGGACGAACUAGUCAAGAGUGGGAUUUUGAAAAAUAAAGACGAUUAUGAAGAUUUCUGGCAACUGCUAAAGCAAAAUUCUCAUUGUUCACAGUUUGAGACAAAACUUCAGGAUCUAAAGUUGAAAAUGAAAAGUUCAAUACCUCGCCUUAAAACCAGAUGUGCACAACAUGUGGACAGAAUAAAAAACAAUCAUCCCACAAAUACCGAGCUUCCAAGAUUGCCAUCCUUGCAACAUACAAACCAUGCCAAGAGUAAACAAAGGAAAGUGCAUGAAGAAUCUGAGCAAAUGUUUCCCAAGAUCAAAAACCUUAAACAAAUGCAGGAGACACUCUGUCGUGGAGAAGUGCAACUUGACAAGCUCUACCAAAUGUACAAUCGCUCCAUUGCUAACAUGGCCUUAGCUGGACGACUGCUGAAGAGGAGUGGCCAGUUUGCAGAGUUCAAAGAGCCUAGUGUUCAAGAUUUUGUGUUUUGUGAAAAUGAUGAUACAAUGGCAAAGAAAAUCCAGAGCCAAAAGACAAGACAUGACUGGUUUCCAUCUCAGCGUGAUUCUCAAACUGGUGUGGAGGUAAUUCCAAGGAGUUUUGAAUCUCACCAUCAGGAGGAAGCUUCUGAAGAAAUAAAUGCUGGAUUUAUAAAGCAACAUCUUAAACAAGACCAUAACCACAAUGCUGCGAAUUAUUAUGUGCCUUUAACUAUUGAAGACAUUCUCCCAAAAAGCAACAUUGUGGAAGUGAAACAUCUCAGCAAUCUUUGGACAAAUUACGUAACCCAGAAACAAGAGAUUCUAGGCAGUUAAAACAGACCCUUCAUACGGAAUGUGACUAUAGAAUUGGUAAUUAAUGACUAGCAACGAGCUGGAAUACUUAAGGAAAACAAAUUUUCAACCAGAUAUUUCAAGUUGUGCUUUGUUUACUUUGAGAUCACACUUUAGCAGUGUCUUAAACCAUUGAUUUAAAUUCAAACAGCUUAAUGUUGUAAUAAUAGUAACUGAUCAAUUAUGAGUCAAAAAUAAUUUUGCUGGAUGAUCCAACUCUUAAAUCUCAUCAAUUCUGCUUUAUACCUCAAUUCCAAAGCUUGCCUCAUAGCACAAGAGGUUACUGUAAUACCAACUAUAGCAAUCUGUUUCUGUAUCAUAGUUGUAAUCAAAAUUGACACUUAAUCAUCUGCAAAAACCAUUGUUUUAAUAAUCUGAAAUUGAAGCUUUCCAAACUACAUAAAUCUUAACCAUAAUGUCUCAAAGCUCUACAUACUA